AUGGCAUUCGUAUUCACCAAUCUUCUGAAUUGGUUAAGAUCGUUAUUCUUUGCUAAACAUUUGGAAGUCACGAUAGUAGGAUUACAGGCAAGUGGUAAAACAUCACUGGUAAAUGUCCUUGGAUCUAAUCAAUGGUCGGAAGAUGUGGUUCCAACAGUCGCAUUCAACUUACGUCAAGUGAGGAAAGGCAAUGUCACUAUGAAAGUAUGGGAUGUAGCUGGCCAACCGAAGUUCAGAGGAAUGUGGGAUAGGUAUUGUAGGGGUGCAGAUGCUAUCAUAUACGUGGUGGAUGCAGCGGAUAGAUCGUCCAUAUCAACCGCUACAUCGGAAUUACAUGCCUUACUAUCGUUACCAGCUUUGGCAACUGUCCCAUUACUGGUAUUGGCGAAUAAGAACGAUUUGCCAAAUGCUAUGGGUGUUGACGAAUUGAUAAAAGAGAUGAGGCUGGGCGAGGUUGGUGGAAGAGUAGUUUCGUGUUACUCAACUAGUAAUAAGACAAAACAUAACUUAGAUAUCGUCUUAGCAUGGCUUUCUCAACGAGCUCAUUAA